AUUUACUCUAGUGAAAAUUAGUUGCUAGUAAGCCUUUCUAGAGUAAAAUAUUACUAAACUUUUUUUGGCAUCAUUAUGGGUGAAAAUAUUUGAAGUGAAGUGUUUGAUUGUUUCACCGGUGGCGCAUUUUGGCAAACAAUAAAAUUUUAUUGUUUUUAAUGUUUAAUUAGUCUCUUGUUAAUGCCCUGAUUAACUAUCAAUAUGACUAUCAGUAAAAAUAAUAAGAUGAUACAGCACCUGAACUACAGGAUGCGUGUCACACUUCAGGACAGUAGAAUUUUCAUUGGAACUUUCAAAGCAUUUGACAAACAUAUGAAUCUUAUUCUGGGAGAUUGUGAAGAAUUUAGAAAAAUAAAGCCUAAGAAAAAUAAAGAUGCUGAAAAAGAAGAAAAAAGAGUUCUAGGAUUUGUACUGCUUAGAGGAGAGAACAUUGUUUCAUUAACAGUAGAAGGACCUCCCCCUGCUGAAGAAGGUAUUCCUAGAGUUCCCAUUCCUGGAGCAGCUCCUGGGCCUGGUUUGGGACGUGCAGCUGGCAGAGGUGUACCAGCUGCUCCUGUUGGGGCAGCACCUGUCGGUUUACAAGGUCCUGUCCGUGGUGUUGGUGGACCUUCACCACAAGUCAUGACUCCUCAAGGACGAGGUGGAGUAGCCGCUCCGCCACAGAUGCGACCACCACCUGGACCUUCACCCCAAGUUCAAAGAAUGCCUGGUCCUCCUGUACCAGGAAGAGGUGGACCACCCCCAGGAAUGAUGGGGCCACCACCUGGAAUGAUGGGACGUGGAAUGCCCCCAGGACCAAUGGGAAGAGGGAUGCAACAACCUAUGGGUGGUCCACCUGGUAUGCGUGGACCACCACCAGGCAUGAUGAGAGGAGCACCCCCUCCUGGAAUGAGACCACCUCACCCACCAAGAGGUUAGAAGAAAAACGAUGCCUAUUUUAUUUUAUCAAACGAAAAAUUUGUCCUUGUGUAUAUUCUUUUGUUAAGAAAAUAAAAGU